CAGGUGUGGCUCCUAGGAGGGCAGUUUCUCCUGUAGUUGGAAGGCUUUGCUAGUGAUGGACUCAUAUAUGAUUCAGAUGAACAGCAACAGCAACCUUCCCUCAGUUCUGGAUGUGCAUGUCAACAUCGGUGCGAGAAGCUCUCUGCCAGGAAAAAUGAAAGGCAGAAAGGCCAGAUGGUCCGUGAAGCCCUCAGACAUGUCCAACAAAACUUUCAAUCCCAUCCGGGCCAUUGUGGACAGCACGAAGGUGAAGCCUAAUCCAAACAAAACCACAAUUGCUCUGUCAAUUGGGGACCCUACUGUGUUUGGAAACCUGCCUACAGACCCUGAAGUCACCCAAGCAAUGAAAGAUGCUCUGGACUCGGGGAAGUAUAAUGGCUAUGCCCCCUCCAUUGGCUACUUAUCCAGUCGAGAGGAUAUUGCUUCUUAUUACCACCGGCCCGAGGCACCCCUGGAAGCUAAGGAUGUCAUUCUGACUAGUGGCUGCAGUCAGGCUAUUGAACUUUGUUUAGCUGUGUUGGCCAACCCAGGACAAAACAUCCUAGUUCCGAGACCUGGUUUCUCUCUCUACAGGACUUUGGCUGAAUCAAUGGGAAUUGAGGUCAAACUCUACAAUCUAUUGCCAGAGAAGUCUUGGGAAAUUGACCUGAAACAAAUGGAAUCUCUAAUUGAUGAAAAGACAGCUUGUCUCAUUGUUAAUAAUCCAUCAAACCCCUGUGGGUCAGUGUUCAGUAAAAGUCAUCUCCAGAAAAUUCUGGCUGUGGCUGCAAGGCAGUGUGUCCCCAUCUUAGCUGAUGAGAUCUAUGGAGACAUGGUGUUUUCGGAUUCCAAAUUUGAGCCUCUGGCCACCCUCAGCAGCAACGUCCCCAUCCUGUCCUGUGGAGGGCUGGCCAAGCGCUGGCUGGUUCCCGGCUGGAGGUUGGGCUGGAUCCUCAUCCAUGACCGAAGAGACAUUUUUGGCAAUGAGAUCCGAGAUGGGUUGGUGAAACUGAGUCAGCGGAUCCUGGGACCCUGCACCAUUGUUCAGGGUGCUCUGAAAAGCAUCCUACACCGCACCCCUCAGGACUUCUACCACAACACUCUGAGCCUCCUGAAGUCCAAUGCUGACCUUUGCUAUGGCGCACUAGCUGCCAUCCCAGGACUCCGGCCAGUUCGCCCUUCUGGGGCCAUGUACCUCAUGGUUGGAAUUGAGAUGGAACAUUUCCCAGAAUUUGAGAAUGAUGUGGAGUUCACAGAGCGGUUAGUUGCUGAGCAAUCAGUCCACUGCCUCCCAGCAACGUGCUUUGAGUACCCGAAUUUCUUCCGAGUGGUAAUCACAGUCCCCAAAGUGAUGAUGCUGGAGGCCUGCAGCCGGAUCCAAGAAUUUUGUGAGCUACACUAUCACUGUGCUGAAGGCAGCCAGGAGGAAUGUGACAAAUAGGCCCAAGUCCAUUCUCUUGAGUAUGUGUCUCAUCUGGGGAAGGCUGGACUCAGCCUUGCUGUUCCUCAAGGGAGGUCAGGUGCCCCUACUGGGAGAGGGGCCUCAAAAGCAUGUCAAGGGUUCAGAAUCGCUCCUGCUUUCCCCCACCUAUGUCCACGUACACACUCUGAAUCCCAGAUUCUCCUCUCACUCUGCUCUGCUGGAAUUGACUCAUUCAUUAAUCUGCCCCCUCCUAUAUGACUUCCUCCUUUUUUCCUGAGAGUACUAGGUAAACAAAAUUUACCAGAAAGCAGUAGAGACAAGAAAAUUAAAAGCUCACAAUAAGAGAAACAAAAGAUGGAGAGAAUUUGUGCCCCCAACCAUUUCCUCAUACUAUAAGUAAGAAUAUACUCUCUCCAGUUAGGUCUGAGGCCCAAUUCUGUUACUGCUUCACUUCAGGUAUACCUCGCUUUAUGCAAUAGAACUAUAAUGAAAGAAGUUGGGAACACAUAUAUUGGUUAAUUAUAUUCUAAACACAUUAGGAAAGUUUGCUAAUUUGAAAGAUCCCUUACAGAAAUAUUUUCCAUGAUUUUUUUUAAAGAAUUGUUGAUCGUGUUGGGGGCCUGUCUGGCUGAGUUGGUAGAGCAUUUGACUCCUGAUCUUGGGGUCAUGAGUUUGAGCCCCAAAUUGGGUUCAGAGAUUACAUCAAUCAAUCAAUCAAUCAAUCAGAAUUGUUGAUUGUAAAGGUAAUCAAUGGACUUUCUAAAUUUAGAUAUGUGUACAUCAGGGUUUCUUAAAAUGAGGGCACAGCUGUAUAAAAAAAAAAAAAAAAGGAG